UCGUGUGGAGGAGAGAAGGGGAAGCUUUUUGGUUGGUGGGCUGGGGGGGGGAAGGGGAGGGCGAAGAAGGAGGAGGCGGAAUAUGCUUCGGAGGAGCAGAAGCACCAUGAGGCUCGAUUCAGCGGAGCCCAUGAGCCCGAUUCCGGCGAGGAUCAACCACCCGAGGGCGAGGCGGUCCGGCGAAGGGAACCCUGUGGGACUAAAGAUCGUCAUAGACGGCUCCAGCCUCGACACCAACGUGGUGAUCAAGUCCAGCCUGCGUUCUCCGCCUCCGAAGCCCGUCGGCGUCGAAGGAUUUCUCCCUUGCAGCUUGCCCGAGCUAAGCUUUCUCAAGGCCUGUUUUCUGUGCAAAAAACAACUGAGCCCCGAGAAAGACGUCUACAUCUACAGGGGCGACCGGGGUUUCUGCAGCAUGGAAUGUCGCUGCCGUCAGAUCUUCCUUGACGAACGGCGGGAGAGGUGCGCCUCUGCGCUGGACCGGGCUGCCCCACCGUGUGGAUCCGGACGAAAGAAGAGCCGGACCUCUGGUCGUGGUGGGAUUCCGGCAGCUGCCUGAAGCGCGUCCCCCGAGGAGAAACUCUCGCCCGGUGACCAGAGGCUAGUUCAGCCCUCACUGGCUUAUGAUACCAAGCCAUUGGUUUAAAUGUUGUAAUGGUAAAUACAUAAAAAAAAAAAAAAUCAGCAAUUAACGUCUGCGUUUAUUUUUUGUGCUGCACUACUCAUGUUUCGGAUGACGCGUAGCUCUUUCCAAUUCAAAUGUAUUCUCUGGCUGGUUUAAAUACUUUCCGGGCUCCCGCCGCCGGCGGCACAACCGUGGAGGGUUCCUCCUCCUUUGGCCUUGCCGCUUAGCCCGCAGGAGGAUUGUAGUUGACUCUAAUAAAACGACUGGCGCACCCAGUUUGGCUGACGGGUGUGAUCAGAAUGAGCGGCGUUUACGCA